UGGACAGACAAGGUUUUAUGGGGGAUCCUCCAAGGGUUACGCAAGAACGCCACUAAGGGACGCGUAACCGGGCGUUGAGGUCACGUUUGUCAGUGGUGCCAUAUGCGUGUGUGGUUGAAAAGACCAAUGAAUCACCCAUUCAACCCCACCAGUGUUCUCUCAAUCCCGGACAGCUUAAAAGAAUGGCAGGAAAGAAGAAAAAGUCGGAUAAACGCAAAAACAAGAGACCAGGCACAGGCGGUCGAGGUCCCAGUCAAGGUGAUUUCGCCGCCGACGAGGCAAUCCUAGCAGAGGUCAUUUCAGACUCCGCAAAGAGUGCCGAGAACGCGGAGAUCGCCACCGUGGAAGAAUUUAUUCUUUCGGGAGCCAUUGAAGCAUCACUCCAGUCAUCCAUACAAAGAGAAGAGGACACAGAGCAGCAGCAACAGGAACAACAGGAGCAACAGCGACAGCAAUCGACAGACGACAGCGAUGUACUUUUACUUAAUACUAUCAACGACGCUCAGUUCGGGGAAGGAAUUGAGAAAUGCCAGCAUAUCAAGGAUGCUAUCAAACCAGCCCAGUUUCGACGAUUGGUCGCUCAGAACAAGGAUUGGGACCAUUGCCAAGGCUGUGUUGUAGACCGCAGCAGAAUCAAAAGGCUAACGCAGGGAUUCGACACCACCUUGGCCGCAUUGGCGAUCAAUGAUACCAUGCCUGAGAGUUUGCCUCCAGAUGCACUAUGGAUGUGUCUGUCGUGUGGCGAAAUCAACUGCGGGAGAGCGCACAAGAAACAUGCACUCGCUCAUCGCGACGGAAAGAGAGACGGUCAUCCUUUGGCUAUUAAUCUCGCGUCCUUGGACUGCUGGUGCUACGAUUGUGACGACCAGCUCAUGACAUCCAAGAAUAAGAAUCCUGUCGCGCAAGAAUGCCAGUCCGUUCUUGCAAGAAUCCUCCAGGCUAGACAGGUCAAGAUGAGAUCGGCAUCUGUUGCGCUGGCUAAAAAAUUCAAGGGAGCUGCCGCAAGCCCUACCAACACCAAGAUCAAGGUUUUUACGCCAGGCCUACAAAAUCUCGGCAACACCUGUUUCUUCAACUCGGUUAUGCAGGUGCUGGUGGAAACGAGAUCGCUCAAAACCAUUCUCUCCGAGAAAGGUCGUUCAGAACCACCGAUCUCUUUAUCAGCCAGAACAGACACUGGCCUCGGCCCUUUGACAACGACGUUCAAGGACUUUCUGUUCACCAUGUGGAAGCAGCAGGGCGGGAUCGUCGCGCCUCGAGAUUUGUUCACCCAGAUUGCAAAGAAAUGGAAAGUCUUUCGGGGCUUUAGAGAACAGGAUAGUCAGGAGCUCAUGCGAUACUUAUUCGAUGGCAUCCGGCAGGAGGAGAUUGAUCUUAUCAAAAAGACUGUGGCGGGCGAAAAUGGCACAGCCUCGUCCAUCAAAGGAUCUGUUGCCACCAACAGUGAACACAACGGUGCGCCACCAAAAUAUGUCCCAUUCAUCGACAGCUGUUUUUCUGGGAAGUUGGUCAGUGUCAUCGUUUGCCAUUCAUGCAAGAAGUGUUCUUAUGCAUACGAAGACUACUUUGACCUAUCUCUUCCCGUUAAAGGCGCAUCCGAGGAGGUGGGAGGCGGAAGUUUGAAGGAUUUGCUCCGUGCCAGAUCCAGGGCUGCUGGUUUUGACAUCUCUACACCGGGCCCUGGAGAUGACAAAUAUAGUAUCUCCAAGGCCGAUCAGGGAUCUGAUGCGCAUCUACAGCAUGUUGAGAAGCUGCUCAAGAACGUAUCCCUCCAGUCUGGUUCUGAUGCACUCUCAAUUGAGCGCUCUCUCGGCCAGUUCACAAACGUCGACUGUCUCGAUGGUGAAAACAAGUUUGCGUGUGAGAACUGCUACAAGCUGGUGAAAUCCUACGGACAUUCAGCGCAAGAUAACGCUACACCUACAGAGAAGCAGCAGACAGAAAUGGAGGGUUCUAUCGAAGAGACUAAGGUCGAGCCCACGGACGAAGAGGAAGGCAACAAAGAGAGCACGAAUGGACCAGACCUGAACCGUCAAGCAUCAAAUGAGGCCAAGUCGAUUUCGGAUAAUGAUCAGCCCACUCGAGAGCCGUCGUACAUUAUGCGCAGAGCGUACAAGAGGUAUUUGAUCUCGAGCCUGCCUCCGACCUUGAUCUUGCACUUGAAACGAUUCGAGCAGAGUACUUCAAGAUUUGGGAUGAUGCGGAAGAUCGAGGACCGGGUCGAUAUUCCGGUCGAACUUGACAUGGCUCCCUACUGCAUACUCGAGAAGGAGAUUUUGGACGCUAGUGGUGAAGGAGUGGGAAAGGAGGCCGAGAAUGACAAAGAGGGUGUGAAGGACACGACCAAGUACAGGUUGUACGGCGCUACUGUGCACCAAGGCUCCCUCGGUACAGGACACUAUACCAAUUAUGUCCUUUCAUCGAAGGUCGAAGUUCCUCCACCGGCUACAGACAAGGACAAGACGUCGUCUGCAUCCCUAUCUACAGUUGCUUCCCAUGGCAUCGAUUUACCAGACAUUCCAUUGGCAGUUCUUUUGGCCCAAAAUAACCAAAAGAAGGGUGGAAAGAAGAAAGGAGAGCAGGCCAAGAAGGCGGGUGUACCUCCGGCGGUCGUCUCUGAGACAAGCAAGCAACCUUCUAGGCCAUCUACGGAAGCAGAGAAACCCUCGACGAUAGACACGGAGUCGAAGGAGGAACAGGACGCGAGACAAUGGAUUUAUUGCGGCGACACGCAUGUGCGGCCAGCAACGCUUCAAGAAGUCUUGGCAAGCGAGGCAUAUCUUCUAUACUAUGAGCGAUGCUAACAGAUAGACAAGUGUCAUCUAGCCAAGCUAAAGAGCUGGACUAUAGAUAUGGCCCUAAAGUGUAUGGUUUCAGCUGCAGGGAGAAACAGGGCGCACAAAGCCUCUAGGAAGUGGAGAGGCAGAAACAUGCCCACAGAAUGGCCCUCACCACUCACGCGACGGGG